AUGACGGUUGUCUGUUCCGAGCAGGGUAUUUGCAGGCGGAGUAGGUUACGGCUAAACCUCCUCCACCCACGGUUCAGAUUUUGUGCCCUGGCAAAACAAUUAGGCUCAUCCUCACAACAUCCGAUACUUGUUGUAUGUGCUAUGUAUCACUAUCCACGUUCUAAGUCCACGUUCAUGGUGCAAUCUGGGGUAAUAUCGCGGGGUGUAGCCAAGUGGAGAUAUUAUAUUGUCUAUGCGGUGAUUGGGUUUGGCGUUGCUUUUAUGGUUUAUUUCUUGUUUCCCGAGACCAAGGGUCGCUCGUUGGAGGAGAUGGAUCGGCUGUUUGAGGAUCCGGGCGGCGUUGGUGGGAGAGGAUGUAAAGAUGAGCACGAGCCAUAUCGAGAAGGCUUAAUUGAUAGACUCAGUAGCCCAGGCAGGGGUAGUAGCCGUGAGAGCUCUGAGAUAGGGGCACAGUUGAGAGUAGAAGGCAGUAUGUUGAUUGUUAACCAAGAUGUAGCUACGUCUCUUAGCUUCAUAGCUUCUGACUCAACAAGAUGCUCGACAAUGAGUGCUCCUAAAUGGCUUUCUCUAGAUUUAGCGCUGAGUCCUCAGCACGGAUGGAUGCUUUCCGUCAAAGCAGGCAAUCAGAUAGCUGGCUUGGAUACUCUAAGUACAAAUCAUGACCAUCCUGUUACAGGAUACAGCGUCUGCGAGAAAUAA